AUAAACAAUGAAUAUAUGAAGCUCAUCAUUCCCCUUAAUCAUGAUCCUGCACAAGUGAAGUCCUCCAAAAUUGAAUGUAACGAAAAACAGCUCAACCAAGAAACCACCAUGAACUCCGACACAGAGAAGCAAACCACGGCGGCCACAGACGUAGACAUAGACGAAGAUGAACUAUCUCCCGUGGAAGAAGUCCGUCUAACCGUAACAAACACCGACGACCCGACCCAACCCGUAUGGACAUUCCGGAUGUGGUUCCUGGGUCUACUCUCAUGCUCCCUCUUGUCCUUCCUCAACCAGUUCUUCGCUUACCGCACAGAGCCACUCAUCAUAACACUCAUCACCGUUCAAGUCGCCACCCUCCCAAUGGGCCAUUUCAUGGCGACGGUGCUUCCAAAAACGAAGUUCAGGGUCGGGUCGAAAGUGCUGUCGUUCAACCCGGGUCCGUUUAACAUGAAGGAGCACGUUCUGAUAACUAUAUUCGCCAAUGCCGGAAGCGCAUUCGGAUCCGGGUCGCCGUAUGCGGUGGGGAUUGUGAAUAUAAUAAAAGCAUUUUAUGGACGCAGUAUCUCCUUUCAUGCUGCUUGGCUUCUCAUCAUUACCACUCAGGUACUAGGAUAUGGAUGGGCAGGGUUGCUGAGGAAGUACGUGGUGGAACCAGCCCAUAUGUGGUGGCCCAGCACUCUCGUCCAGGUCUCUCUUUUCCGAGCAUUGCACGAGAAAGAAGACCGCAAACUCUCAAGAGCAAAGUUUUUCACCAUUGCACUAGUUUGCAGCUUCUCAUGGUACGUGAUCCCUGGAUACUUCUUUACAACGCUAACAAGCAUCUCAUGGGUCUGUUGGGUCUUCUCCAAAUCAGUCACAGCUCAACAACUCGGUUCAGGUUUGAGAGGUUUGGGACUCGGAGCAAUCACACUGGACUGGACUGCUGUUGCUUCAUUCUUGUUCAGUCCUCUUGUCUCACCAUUCUUUGCCAUUGUCAAUGUUUUUGUGGGAUAUGUAGUCAUAGUCUAUGCUGUGAUUCCUAUUGCAUAUUGGGGUUUGAAUGUGUAUCAAGCAGAUAGGUUUCCUAUUUUCUCCUCACACUUGUUUACCUCUGAAGGUCAAAAGUAUAAUAUAUCUAAUAUUGUCAAUGACAAGUUUGAGUUGGAUGUUGAAAAGUAUACCCAGCAAGGUAGAAUUCAUCUCAGUGUGUUUUUCUCUCUUACUUAUGGGUUUGGAUUUGCCACCAUAGCUUCCACUCUUACUCAUGUUGCCUGCUUCUAUGGAAGGGAGAUUAUGGAGCGCUACCGUGCUUCUUCCAAAGGAAGAGAAGAUAUCCACACAAAAUUGAUGAAAAGAUACGAAGACAUACCUUCUUGGUGGUUUUAUGCAUUGCUGGUUGCGACGCUUGCAAUUUCUCUUGUGCUAUGCAUCUUUCUAAAUGACCAGAUUCAGAUGCCAUGGUGGGGACUUCUCUUUGCUGGAGCACUAGCUUUUGUGUUUACCCUCCCCAUUAGCAUCAUAACAGCCACCACAAACCAGACACCCGGAUUGAAUAUCAUCACGGAGUAUGUCUUCGGUCUAAUAUACCCUGGAAGACCAAUAGCAAAUGUAUGCUUCAAAACCUAUGGUUACAUCAGCAUGGCGCAGGCUGUCUCCUUCCUCAGUGAUUUCAAGCUUGGACACUACAUGAAAAUCCCUCCAAGAUCAAUGUUCUUAGUUCAGUUCAUAGGCACAGUGCUUGCUGGAACGAUCAAUAUUGGGGUAGCAUGGUGGUUACUGAAUUCUAUUGAUAAUAUAUGUCACGACGAAAUCCUUCCCCCAGGAAGUCCCUGGACAUGUCCUGGUGAUCGCGUGUUCUUUGAUGCAUCAGUCAUUUGGGGACUGGUAGGACCAUUGAAGAUCUUUGGUUCUCAAGGAAACUACCAUGCAAUGAACUGGUUUUUCCUUGGAGGUGCAAUAGGCCCUAUACUUGUUUGGUUACUGCACAAAGCAUUUCCUAAACAAUCAUGGAUUCCCUUAAUCAACCUUCCAGUUCUGCUAGGAGCAACUGGAAUGAUGCCACCAGCAACACCAUUGAACUACAAUUCAUGGAUUUUCGUCGGAACAAUUUUCAACUUCUUCAUCUUCCGUUACAGGAAGAAGUGGUGGCAGAGGUACAACUAUGUUCUGUCAGCAGCACUGGAUACUGGGGUGGCUUUUAUGACUAUUUUGUUGUACUUUUCACUGGGAUUGGAAAACAAGAGUAUUACUUGGUGGGGAACUGAUGGUGAACAUUGUCCACUGGCAUCUUGCCCAACAGCAAAGGGCAUAAGGGUUGGUGAUUGCCCAGUAAACUUGUGAUUGUGGGCAUUUUUAAUGGUUUAAUUGUUACAAUACCACUCAGGGAAAGCACUUAUUGAGAAAUGCAAAAUGUAAUAUAUAACGGUAACUAUAUUUGCCAGUAACUGGCUAGUGUAACAUGGUUUAUCAGGUAUUACUCUUCCUAUGGAUUUUCUUUCUUAUUGGGAUAAAAAUGAAAUCUUCAAUUUAUGUAAAUCAAUGUUUGAAGCUCA